UUUUUCUUCUUUUCUGUAGUUCUUCAUCGUUGUGUUACUAAUGGUUGCAGACAUUCAAAAUGGAAGACAACAUCGUACAUUUGAAUGUUUGGGGAGGUGAUUGGGACCUGCCUUCAGUUGAUCCAAAUUGUCUGGCAGCCUUGGCGUACUGUAGGUUUUCUGGUGUUCCUGUUAAAGUUCACAAAAACACCAGCCCAUGGAAAUCACCUUCAGGAAACUUCCCUUGGCUGAGACACAAUGACAAUAAUGAGACCAAAGUAGCAAAUAUCUUCAGUUAUCUUAGAAAACAGAACUGGGGAUCAGAUUUUAACCUGUCUACUAAAGAGAGUGCUGAUGUUGUUGCCUAUAUGGCCUUGCUUGAAGAGAAACUACUCCCAGGAUUGUUACAUUUGUGGUGGUUAGAGAGUGAGACCUACUCAAAUAUUACACGACCAUGGUACACAAGGGCAACUCCAUUUCCAUUUAAACUAUGGUUACCGGGGACUUUUCAUAGUAAAGCUGAAAAAAGGGUGUAUGUAGCACAGGGAACAGAAAACAUCACAGAGGCAGAUAUAGACACAAAGAUUUAUAAUGAUGCAAAAAUCUGUUUAUCACUGCUGUCAGCAAAACUUGGGGAUAAAGAAUAUUUCUUUGGAAAUUUGCCUUCGUCACUGGAUGCUCUGGUGUUUGGAUAUGUGGCUCCUUUACUAAAUGCUCCACUGAACAGUAACCAAGUGACCACUCAUCUACGAUCAAAUUGUGAUAAUUUGUGUAUAUUAUGUACACGUAUAACAAGAGAGUUCUUUCCCCUGUCUCAAGAAGAAAUGGAAGCCAAACAUAAAGAAGAACAAAGAAAGAAAGAUGCUGAGUCAGACAGUCAGGAAUUUCCCAACAGGAAGAGAAACAUGGUGCUAGCAGGAGUGUUUGCUGUAACAACGAUGGUUACAUACGCUUUUGUGAGCGGACUUAUACGACUGGAAGUUAUAGAUGACGAUGAUCCUUUGAGUUAGACUGAAAGGAAAAAAAUGAAACUUACUUAAAGCAAUAAUUUGUUGGAGUGAUUGGUUGGAAUAUAAUAAGAACAAAGUUACUAGUGAUUGGUUGUGUUACAGUGUAAAAUAACACUGAAUGUCUCUAUGGUCUGUUUGGUUAGAUUGUGAAACACUGAAAGUUAUUAAUAAUCCUUUGGAUUCGGUUGUAAGAAAAUUAAAGUUAUUGUUAAAUAAUCCUUUUUAGGUAAGAUUGUGAAAGAAUUGAACUGUGUUUUGAAGGAUGUCAUAAUGUGGAUGCAAAAUAUGAUAAAUGUGUUAUGUUUAAUAAAAUCUGUAAAAAGAU